CGUGCUCAAGUAUGAAACAUAACAGCCAUUCUGUGGGCUGGAUAGACACGGCCGCUCAUAAUUAAUAUUCACAGUUGUUUUUACGAAUUGAGCAAAGCUGAAUUCAUUUUUACGUUUUGAAGUGAAGUAAUUGUCGGCUGAAGUAUGUAUCAACUUUACGUUAUCCGAAGUCCGUUCCAUUUUCCCUGGGUCGUAACAGGAGCAAAAUUUCAACAUAUGCAGAUGUGAUAUGCAGCAUAAAAAAUAAAAGGCUGAUCAGCUCGCUACAUGAAACGAGAAAAUGACCAGAGUUCCCCUCAAGCGCUUCCUUUCCAUCGACAAUAGCUUGACCAAUCUUAGAAACCAGCUUCAAGCAUGUGGCAAAUCUGUUCAAGCUAUUUUUUCUUAUUCUCGUUUGCAACAAUCUGAAUCAAAAAAGAUGGCUGGUGACAAGAUGCAAGAGGAAGGUAACGAAGCUCAUGGCAUCAUGCCACCUGAAUUGAGUGAAAGGAUGUCCUCUUUGAAGAAAAUUUCCAAUCAUGAGCUAGGUGGUAAUGCAGAGGAUUCAACUAAAAAUAAAUGGGUCUCCCAGCUGGCAUGGGUUAGCAAUGUUUUGGAGCCAGCUUUGCAACUGUAUAGGCGAGCUCUGCCACCAGAUAAAACCGAUAAUCGGCCUGGUCCUGCAAGCACUCGCUCUCUCGUAGAAAUUGCUACAAAUUUGCAUCGGAGUACUAUUGAAAUGCAAGAAUGGAGCUUGGGAGACCUUACUCUGGGUCUUUACCUUCUCUCUCUUCGGCAUGCUUCUGAGAUGGCAGUUGAUAAUAUCAAGGGUGAACAAAUUGUAUCUAAUUAUGUGGUUCAGGAUCUGAUCUAUAAUGUAGAAUUGGCUAAAGGUGCAUACCUGAAGGAUGCUGCGAGUCUAGCACGCAACAGCAUGCUUCGAGAGAGUAAUAUUUUGAAAUUUGUAAGCAAAUCUAAUGUGAUGAGACCUGGGUAUUAUAUUGGGGUUGACAACCGCAAUAAGCUGGUUAUACUUGGCAUUCGUGGAACUCAUACAGUCCAUGACCUUAUUACUGAUAUGGUCUCUCACAGCAACCAGGAAGUCCAUUUUGAUGGUUUCCAGGUACAUUUUGGGACAGCUGAAGCGGCACGUUGGUUCUUUUGCAAUGAACUGGAGACCUUGAAGAAGUGCUUAGAAAAGCAUGAGGGAUUUAAAUUAAGAUUGGUUGGGCAUUCUCUUGGAGGAGCUGCAGCAGCAUUAUUAGCAAUAAUGCUUCGCAAGAGAUCAGAAGAAGAGCUAGGUUUCAGCCCUGAUAUAGUAUCUUCUGUUGGAAUAGCAACACCGCCUUGUGUCUCAAGAACACUUGCUGAAAGUUGUAUCGACUUUGUCACCACAGUUGUAUUGCAGGACGAUGCUAUUCCGCGGAUGAGUGGGACAUCAUUAGCAAGGUUACGUAGUGAAAUCCUUUCUACUGAUUGGACAAGCCUUUUAGAGGGAGAAGACCAAAAAGGUGUCAUUGAUCUCGUUGCCAACACAAUGCAGGCUCUGUCAUCUGUACAAGAAGUAGCUCGUAAAUAUGCUGCAUAUGCAACAUCAAGCAGCAGUUCAAAUGAUUUGGCAGGUGACAAAAAUAUGAGAGAAACUGCUGGAUCUUAUGCAUCUUCUAAGAUGAAGCUCACAGGAGCAUCUUCCAACAAUUGCAUUUCUGAUCCUUUGGCUUUGGCACCUAUUGAAAGUGCACAGGAAGAAUUAUUUACUCCUGGAACACUCUAUCAUAUCCAGGGCAGGUGUGUUCCCACUGUAGAUAAGAAAACUACAGGAGGUAAAGAAAAUUGUACCCUAUGGAAAGGCCAUCCUAACGAGCAUUUUGGUAGGAUAGUCCUCUCUAGCACAAUGUUUUCUGACCAUAAAUGUGAUAAUCAUUAUUAUGCAUUGCGGGAUGUUCUUAAGGGCUUGCCCAAGUCUGAUGAUAGAGAAUGAGCAUAGAAUUUGAUGUAUUUGUCUUUCAUUGAAAGGCAAUGCUAAAGUGACAUAAUUGUCUAUCAUGAGCUCUAAUGAAAGGACGUAGAGAAAGCUUUGUAUUCCGUAUUGAAAUGUACUUAUAAUGGGGAGUGAUAUUGCAUUCCCUUCAAUUUUUCUGCUA